AUUUUGUUUUAUUUUUCAAACUCACUAUUCACCGAAAAAGAAAGAAAAAAGGAUCAGCAAUUAGGGUUUCCAAUUGGAACUCUGAAGCAGCAAUAGCAUAGCAUACCAUUAGAAUGGGGCGCAAAGAGAAGCUCAAAGCGAAGGCAUUAGAACACGCCGAAGAAGACAAUGUUGACGGCGCUUUAACGCCGUCACUCGUCUUCAGCAGCGACGACGACGAGGCAAACCAAGAUCUCAGCCUUAAGAUCGUCGAAAAGGCCCUGCGAAUGCGUGCGACCAAACUCGCCACAAACGACGUCGUUUUGAACGGUGCUGGUGGUGUCGUUUCGUCUUUGCACAAACCCGAACUCGUAGUGCCGCAAAACGACGGCGUCUGCGAUGGGCCGAGCGGAAUCGCUGCUUCUGAAGUGAGGGAAGAGAAGAAAACGAAGUUGAAGGUUAUUAUGGCUGAAGAACAAGAGGCGGAAGAGGCAAUUGAAACCACGGAGAAUCAUGAGCCUGCGGAAGGAAUUGCAGCGGCGGCGGCUCAGAUGGGCGACAAUAUGGUUCUGCGAAAGCUUCUUCGCGGUCCUAGGUAUUUUGAUCCUCCGAAUAGUAGUUGGGGAGCGUGUUUCAAUUGUGGCGAGGAAGGUCACACUGCUGUGAACUGUACAGCAGCAAAAAGGAAGAAACCGUGCUAUGUAUGUGGGGGUUUGGGACACAAUGCAAAACAAUGCAGUAAGGCACAGGACUGCUUUAUCUGCAAGAAGGGUGGACACCGUGCUAAAGACUGUCCAGAGAAGCAUGCAAGUGCUUCGAAAGGUGUGAAGAUUUGCUUAAAAUGUGGAGAUUCUGGGCAUGAUAUGUUUUCAUGCUGGAAUGAUUAUGCACUGGAUGAUCUGAAGGAAGUCCAAUGUUAUGUCUGCAAGAGGCUUGGCCAUUUAUGCUGUGUCAACACUGAUGAUGCAACACCAGGAGAAUUUUCUUGUUACAAAUGCGGUCGGUUGGGUCAUACGGGUUUGGCAUGUUCAAGGUUGCGAGUUGAGACCUCAAGUGGAGCCACACCUAGUUCUUGCUUCAAGUGUGGUGAAGAAGGGCAUUUUGCCCGGGAAUGCACAAGUUCUAUCAAGGGAGGGAGGAGGUAUCGUGAUUCAUCAAACAUUAAAGAUAAAAGAUCCCUAAACGAAAAUGCCAUGGGAUAUAGGUCUGCACCUCAUGAUAUUGGUAAAAGUCGAAAGAAGAAGCGGCCUGCUAUAGAAGAAAGAGGCCUUUCAACUCCUAUGAAAUCAAAGAGUAGAGGUGGGUGGACAAUGGAACAUCCUGCAGAAGAAAGAGGCUUUACGACUCCUAAGAAAUCAAAGAGUAGAGGUGGCUGGACAAUGGAUCAUCCUGCAGAAGAAAGAGACUUUUCAACUCCUAAGAAAUCAAAGAGUAGAGGUGGCUGGACAACGGAUCAUCCAACGGAAGAAAAAGGCUAUACAACCCCCAAGAAAUCAAAGAGCAGAGGUGGCUGGACGGCAGAGCAUCCUGGAGAAUUCUCUUCUUCCAUGUCCACUAGGAGCAAUUGGAGGUCUUCAGGGACACCAUCUUCUAGAAGCAAUAAAAUUCAUUCAUUUGGAAAUGGAAGUCAUGCUCCGAAUUUUAAAUAUGCCAAGGCAUGGAAUGGUCAUGCUGGAACCUCUAGGUCCCAAGGAUCAGCUAAGGGAAAUCAUAGAUUUUCAGCAUCAAGGUUUGGCAACUCUAGUGAUGGGCAUGUGAGAAAUUACAACUGGUAGUAGUGCAUUUUGGAUUAUGUUCCUUAUAUUACAUGUGUAACCUUGUAAAACUACACAACACAUGCAAUUUUUUUAGAUUAAUAUUUAAUUUUACUUUCAC